GUUUGACUCGGACUCCAAGCUUCAUCACUCGCCUUCCAGUGAUCCGUCCGGACCGUUCAGUUUCGUUAACUGUAAAGUCUUCUUUAUCGAUGGCAAACAACAGCAACCACACAGUGAGAAUAGCUGCUGCACAGAUGACAUCAAUCAAUGACCUAACUUCCAAUUUCAAUACUUGUUCUCAUCUUGUAAAGGAGGCUGUUGCUGCUGGAGCAAAAAUGAUUUGUUUUCCAGAAAACUUUUCUUUUGUUGGUGCCAGAGAUGGAGAAAGUAUGAAAAUUGCGGAACCUCUAGAUGGGCCAAUCAUGCAAAAAUAUUGUUCCCUCGCUAGAGAAUCCAACAUAUGGUUGUCACUGGGAGGAUUUCAAGAGAAAGGACCUGAUGAUACACACUUGUGUAAUGCACAUGUUUUAAUUGAUGAUACUGGGCAUCUUAGGAGCACAUACCGGAAAAUACACUUGUUUGAUGUGGAUAUUCCUGGCGGAGCUGUCUUCAAGGAGAGUAGUUUUACUGAAGCAGGGAAGAAUAUUGUCGUAGUAGAUAGCCCUGUUGGGCGUUUGGGUCUAACUGUCUGCUAUGAUUUGAGGUUCCCGGAGCUUUACCAGCGGUUACGUUAUCAGCAUCAAGCACAGGUUCUCUUAGUACCUGCAGCUUUUACUAAGAUAACUGGGGAGGCUCAUUGGGAGAUUCUCCUUCGUGCUCGUGCAAUUGAAACCCAGUGCUAUGUAAUUGCUGCUGCACAAGCUGGAAAGCACAAUGAUAAAAGAGAAAGCUAUGGUGACACCUUAAUUAUCGACCCAUGGGGAAAAGUUGUCGGUCGACUACCAGAUCGAGCUUCAACUGGUAUUGUUAUAGCAGAUAUUGACUUCUCAUUAAUAGAUUCUGUUAGAACUAAAAUGCCUAUUUCAGAGCAUAUGAAGCCACUUAAAUUCUGGAACUCUGCUUCUCCCUGACUUUUAGAGAAGGUGUUCUUCAGGCAUCACUGCGAAAGUAAGUGAAAUAAAAUACUUAAAUGCGAUACUCCAUAUAAUUCACUGCUUGUAUGAGGCCCUCGUCCUGUUCAUGUUAUCAGUUAGGACAAGAAAUUGGAUCUUGCAGUGACCGUUUUAUUUUUUUAAUCGGCAGUCAGAGACGAUUCUGUUCAAAAUGUAAUACCAACUCUUUUCCAAUUAUUAAAUAAAUUUGGUUCAGAACCGACAAAAUUUAUUUUAAGUAACAUAACCAACA